CACACUAGAUUAAUUUCACAGUUCAAGACAGACCGCUUUCUGAGAUUUCCCUUAUAAUGUUACAGUGAUCAGAGAAAAUGGUUCAUGUUGUUUUGCUCAGCUUGUGUUUGUGGCGCCUGGAUGGAGUGUUUGCUGGUCCAGAUGCAGUGAAGUCAGUGUUGGUGAUGGAGGGAGAUUCAGUCUCUCUAAACUCUGAUCUCACUGAAAUGAUGGAUGAAGAUCUGAUUUACUGGAGGUUUGGAGAUGAAAACACUUUAAUAGUUGAUAUCAGUGUAAUGGCCGGCAGAAUCACUGUAUAUGAUGAUGUUCCUGAUGGGAGAUUCAGAGACAGACUGAAGCUGGAUCAUCAAACUGGAUCUCUGACCAUCACACACACCACAACUGAACACACUGGAGUUUAUCAACUAGAGGUCAAAGAUCGUGUGAGCAAGAGUUUCAGUCUCACUGUCUACGCUCGUCUGCCUGUUCCUGUCAUCAGUAGAGACUGUUCUUCAUCAUCAUCAUCAUGUUCACUGGUGUGUUCAUCAGUGUUGAAUGUGAGUAAUGUGACUCUCUCCUGGUACGCAGGAAUGAGUGUAUUGUCCAGCAUCAGUGUGUGUGAUCUCAGCAUCAGUCUCUCUCUACCCCUGGAGGUGGAAUAUCAGGAUAAAAACACCUACAGCUGUGUGCUGAACAAUCCCAUCAGCAACCAGACCACACAUCUGGACAUCAACACACUCUGUCACACAUGUGCAGUUGAAGCUGUGCUGCGAUUGGUCGUCACUGCGCUGAUGGGCGUGGCUUCUGCGGCUGCUGUUGUUCUUCUGGUCAAUGACGUCAGAGCUUCAAGAGAUUGA